CCUGCUCGUAUUUUUGAGGCAGAACAAACCAAAUUGCAUUUAACUUAGAUCUACAACAGGAACUAAGGAUUUAGUCUUUCUAAGGUGAAACAUGGAGAUUCUGCGCGACAACAAGACCGCCCUCAUCGAAAUUCUGUCCACUGAUGCAGAGUUUCUCCUACAGCACGUGGACAAGAAAAAGCUGCUAACUCCCCGAGAAUACAGGAACCUGAAAAGCAAUAGUGCGAAUGGCGAGAAAACUGCUAUUGACUUAUUGGACAAACUGAGGGGGAAGGGGCCAGACUCCUGCUGUGAGUUUGUCAACUUGCUGAAAGAGGACGAGAUACAGGACACCUUUCCAGAAUUAAAACGAGUUUUAUCUGCUCAGCCUCCGACCGCCACGCCGGAGCCUCAAGGCCCUAGCAAUACUAACCAAGCGAUUCGAGCAGCAAGACCCAAUGAGGAAUACAGCAUAACUAAUGAACCACGAGGUUACUGUCUCAUCUUCAACAACAUAGACUUCACCGCAUCCAAGCUGUCACGAAGGAACGGAUCCGACAGUGAUGCUGAUGCUCUGGAGAACGUUUUUAAGUGGCUUGGAUUCCGUGUGGAGAAGCGUCGGAAUCUGACUGCUGCGGAAAUGCAGGACACAAUAAAGGAGUUCAGGACAAAGCCCGACCACGGAGACUGCUUCGUGUGCUGCGUACUCAGCCACGGCAACCAAGACGGGAUUUUUGGGGCCGACGGAGAUCUGGUCCGGAUGGAGAACAUCCUCGAUCCGUUUGAUGCGAGCCAAUGCCCAGGGCUGGCCAAUAAGCCCAAACUGUUCUUCAUACAGGCUUGUCGUGGAAACCAGCACCAAGACAUCGCCCAAGUCUCCUCCGACGGCCCUGAGGACUCAGAGGAGAUUGAGUCUGAUCAUCAGAUAACCACCAUUGCGGCGAAAUCAGACUUCCUUGUUGCCAUGGCAACUGUCAACAACCAUUAUUCCUACAGACACUUCCGUGAGGGGUCUUGGUUCAUUCAGUCUCUUUGCACGCAGCUGAGAGAGGGCUGUCCCAACGAGGAGGAUAUCCUUAGCAUCUCUGUCCGCGUCAUUAAUGAGGUCAGCGAGCGCGAGGCGAAACUGAAGGGACAAACAGUCAAACAAACACCUGAACCGAGAUUCACCCUGAGAAAGAAAGUGUUUCUCCGCGUGCCUGCCAAAAGCCGCCCCCUCUGA